CGACCAGAUGGGAGGAUGGACAGGUACGCCCCUCUCAAGGUUGCACCGCCUUGUAUUUUUUUUUUUAAACUAAAGCUGGAUGUGUAGAACGUCACAUGUUGUUUUGCUCUUCAGUUCAGUCAUUCAGUGAUAUGCGUUAUUUACUGUUAAACUGUUACAGAUACCGAAUGGAUACCCGGGCGUCUGGAAAGAAAUAGAACGACAAGGUAAAACAAGCUUUUUUUUUCCUCACAUACGAAAAGAACAGAUACAAAGUUAAAAAGUGAGAGUUUAGGAGAAGAGGAUGGCGAGUCCGCCAACGACGGGAGGGCACCUAUUUUCUAAUGUUAAUAUUAAUAAUAAUACUAUUAAGAAAUGCGGAUACCUGAAGAAGCAGAAACACGGGCACAAGAGGUUUUUUAUUUUGAAAGAACAGAGCGAAGGCUUGCCUGCGAGACUGGAGUACUACGAGAACGAAAAGAAAUGGAAAAACAAGUCGGCUGCUAAAAGGAUCAUAACUCUGGACUCAUGUCUGAAUAUCAACAAGAGAGCAGACGCCAAACACAAACACCUGAUCGCCCUUUACGCCAAGGACGAGUACUUUGCUGUGGCUGCUGAAAACGAGCAGGAGCAGGAAAGCUGGUACUUAGCUUUAACUGAUUUACUGAAUGAAGGUAAAGUGUACGACGGGUCUGCUUCCACCUCAGCCUCUUCCCUGGUGGGGAUUGAAGAGACAAACUACGGACUGAUUACUCCGGCUAACGCAGUUUACAAGGAGGUCUGGCAGGUUAAUCUGAAAUCCAAAGGACUGGGACAGAGCAAAAAUUUAACUGGCGUUUACAGGCUGUGCCUUUCAAGCAGGAGCAUUGGUUUUGUCAAAUUGAACUCUGAGGUGCCCUCUGUCAGUUUACAGCUAAUGAAUAUUAGACGAUGUGGGCACUCAGACAAUUUUUUCUUCAUUGAAGUGGGCAGGUCUGCUUCUACAGGUCCAGGGGAGCUCUGGAUGCAAGCAGAUGACUCUGUAGUGGCUCAGAAUAUACACGAGACCAUAUUGGAAGCUAUGAAAGCAAUGAAAGAGUUAUCAGAAUUCAGACCCAGGAGUAAAAGCCAGUCUUCAGGUACCAACCCCAUUUCAGUGCCUACCAGGCGGCAUUUAAAUAACUUGCCACCCAGUCAGACUGGACUAACCCGGAGGUCAAGGACUGACAGCAUGGCAGCUACUUCACCUGCCAAUAAAUUGUCCUCUUGUCGUAUCCGGACAGCGAGUGAAGGGGAUGGAACCAUGUCCAGACCGGUGUCAGUGACUGGGAGCCCGAUCAGUCCAAACAUGGUAAGGACACACCUGAGUCGUUCCAAUACUGUCACCACUAGACCCUCAAGAGUUUUCCAUACUAAUCCAUUGCACCAUAGCAAAUCAAUGUCCAUGCCAGUUUCUCAGUCACCGCCUUCAGCUACAAGCCCUGUGAGCUUGUCAUCAAGCAGUGGGCAUGGCUCAGCGUUAGACACUAUUCAGCGGCCAUCUAGUGGGAGUGCCUCUGUUUCAGGGUCACCAAGUGACGGUGGCUUCAUGUCCUGUGAUGAGUGUGGCUCAAGUCCAGUGGAUGUUAGACAGUAUCUGGGCAUCAGAAGCAACACACCUGAGUCCAUUGAUGACACACCACCAUACCGUGAGACCAGUGACUUGUAUAGCUACAUGACAAUGGGCAGGCCUGCUGGUUAUAGUCGAGCAUCAAGAGAAGAGUUAUUGGACUUAGAUAAAGCAUACAGAAAGAGGACCUAUUCGCUGACAACACCACCACAACAGAGAGCAGCAUCCACUGUCUCCUCGGCAUCGCUGGAUGAGUACACGUUGAUGAGAGCAACAAAUGCCAGCAGCAACUCUGGCCUCCAUUCAUAUACAGCAUCACCGAAAGUUACUUACAAUCCAUAUCCAGAAGAUUAUGGUGACGUUGAAAUUGGGUCACACAAAAGCUCAAGUAGCAACUUGGGUGAUGAUGGCUACAUGCCGAUGACACCUGGAGUGACAGCUAAAUCCAGCAGGAAGGAAGACUACAUGCCAAUGAGUCCCACUAGCAUCUCGGCCCCUAAACAAAUCAUCAACCCAAGAUGUCACCCCCAAGAGAAUGGGAACGGCCACACAACCAAUUCUCCCAGCAGCUGCUCUCUUGAUGACAGCGGUUAUAUGAGAAUGUGGUGCAGCUCCAAGUUAUCGGUUGAGAGCUCUGAUGGUAAGCUUACAAAUGGCGACUACAUGAACAUGUCACCUGUUGACCACUGUGUCUCGCUUACGCCCCCUGAUUACUUUCUGAGCUCCCUUAACAGCGAACACCCAAAACCUUCCACAUUUAAUUCAUUGCCUCGAUCACACAAAACACAGGUACAAAAAAAUGGGGACACCGAACAGUAUGUAAUGAUGAAUUUGAAGAAUCAAAUGAUUGUUGAGGAGUCAAAUUACUGUACCACGUUGGCUAACUUGGCUGUAACAAACCACUUGGCUCCCUCACCAGUAAGACAAAAUUUGGUCCAUAGGGGGCGAAACAUCAGGCCAACCAGGCUGUUUCUGGAUACUUUGAAGACUUUGCCAAGUAUGAAUGAGCACCCCUUGCCACCUGAGCCCAAAAGUCCAGGGGAGUAUAUAAAAAUAGACUUCAGCGAAACUACAAGGUACUCUCCUCCUUUGUCUAGAGAAAGCCUGGCAUCUUCAUUGGGCUCUACAAAUGGGCACAGGAGAUCCCCUUUAUCAGAUUACAUGAACAUUGACCUGAGUUCACAGUCCCCUAAGUUUGGGGAUGCCUCUGUAGUUUCAUUGAGUGUGAUAUCUGCCUUAUCAUGUGCUUGCAGAAGCCAGCCUGAUGAUGAGUACCUCAAAGCGCAGACUGCGUCUGUGUGCCUCUCUAGUCCAAUAAAAGAUGAUUACACAGAAAUGACAUUUGGGAUGGCAAAUACACCUCCACAGCCUAUUUCACAAAAAACAGAAAGUGCACAAACUACAAGCCCCACAAAUGUGAUAAACAGAAUAACCUUGACAGAUCAGAUGUCCGGAGCUGAGGCUUUCAUGGUGCCUGGCCCCUCACUGAACCCUGACAGAGGGGCUAAGGUGAUCCGUGCGGACCCCCAGGGACGAAGACGCCACAGUUCUGAAACCUUCUCCUCCACCACUACUGUAACGCCGGUCUUUCCUUCCUUUGCACAUGAUCCCAAGAGACACAGCUCUGCCUCUGUAGAAAAUGUUUCUCUCAGGAAAAGUGAGGGGUCUGAAGAAGAGUACGGCAGUCCCAUGUGUCGUGAGACAUCUGCAGGUUUUCAAAACGGACUGAAUUACAUUGCCUUAGAUCUGAUGGAUGACAGCUUGGGAAAAUGCGAAAACAUUGUAAGACUUAAGACAGCCAAUUACUUUAAAGGCGGUACUAAUGGAAUAGAUUCCAGCCUUUAUGCCAGUAUAGGCUUUUUAAAGGAAAACACUGCUGCUACUCAAGAUUAAGAAAACAUGUUUCUUUUCUGCAAGAACACGCUCUACAUACAGUUCAACGCUGAAGAAGCUGCUCUAAAUAUAAUUGUAACACAAGCUGCUAAAGGGUUACUGUUUCAGACACCAGAAUGUCAAGACAGUGGUGGCACUUGCAGUAUGUUUGUGCAGUGAAUUCACAAGGCUUGAGGAGCUCUCUGCCUCCCUUACUUCAAAUCAGGAACCAUCAUCUUGCUGCUUUCCUUCAAGAGUAAACUGUAAAAUGUCUUGCUUUACCAGAAAUUAAUUUUUUAGCCGUUUCUGCGACAAAAACUGGAACGUUUGGAAGACAACCUUAAUUUGCCAGCAUCACAAGAAGGCUUCACGAAUGCACAGCAUUAUGGGAGAUAUGUUUGUGCUUCUAUAGCACAGUGGCAAAAAAAACUUGAAGAGAAUAAAAAAAAAUAAAAAAAGGAAAAGACACGACACCUUGAAGCCCUACCUCAAAGAUAUAAAAGCCAGGUAAUAUUGCAAAACUAAUAAAAGGACUUCAUUUAUUUUCAAAACCGAACGUCUCGCAAGACAAAUCCAAAGCCUUACCGACUUUUAGGUCCAAAGUUGGACCUAAAAAGAAAAAAAAAAAAGGAAUCCUCUGCAAUUAAGAUGAACAUUUCCUGGUGGUAUCACUAAUAGAAAACAAUUUUCUGUUGAAUGCUCAAUCUACACAUUUUUUUUGUAUUAUUAUUAUUAUUAUUAUUAUUAUUAUUAUUAUUAUUAUUAUUAUUAUUAUUAUUAUUAUUAUUAUUGUAACUAUUAAUAUGAUUGUUUUCAAUUUUUUUAAAUGUUAUUAUUGUAACUAUUAAUAUUGUUUUAAAGAUUAUUAUUAUUUAACACAGUGUUUCAAGUAAAGAAAAUCAGCUUUCACCAUGAUAACUGCAUUCAUAAAGAAUAUGUAAUGCUGAUUUUUAAAACAAAUUCUGUAGUCUCUGUGUUGCUAAAUAUGAAAUUAUUUAUAAACCCUCUAAAUAUUCUUUCCCAUCAUACAUAAAGCACUGUUAAUACAGUUAUAAUAUGUUUUCUUCUUAACCGUAGUCCAUACAGGCUUACGUGACAAAAAUGCUGGAUGCGGGGAUUGUGAAAAUGGGUUGAGCCCAUUGAAUAGGCGUAUUCCUCAAGCCCUGAUUGAUUUCUGUAUUCAUACAGGGCACCCAGGCAGGACAUAUCUUGAUUAAUGAUGGUGGCCAUGGCUGCCUGCCUCUUCAUAUUUCUAAUAAGUAGAUUGUAACACAAGACACAUUUGAAUGUAGAGUAUUUUCUUUUUCAGUGCAAGCCACUGGAGUAACAACAACAUACAUAAUAACACAGGAAUGCGCUGGCCAAAUUAUGUUUGGUCUGUAGUUUAUUUACAGUGAAUUUAAUACUGUACAUAGUGUAAACACACAGCUCAAAACUAAAUAAAAGGUGGGAAUUUAAAUAGUAAACAUUUUAUAGAUUUGUUCUCGUAAAAACAUCAUCUAUAACAAUAGCACUAAACAUGGUACCUGCUGAACAUGUCCGCUCAGUUAUCUGGAGACGCACGGACCUUUAUGAAUGGACACUGUAUAAAAACAUCCCACUAAAUAAAUGAGUUUGUAGUCCUACUGUAAUUAAAAAUUGAUCAAUAUUCUAGAGAAUCUUGCUACUAAGGUACAUUUCACCAAUGGCAUAUGCAAUAUUUACAUUUUUAAAUUUAGUUUACAGAGUGGAACCAAAAAAAAAGAAAUGUGUUAUGUUUGCUAAACCUUAAAAAAAUGAAUAUUUGCAGUUUGUACAUUUUUUUUCUGCCAACUUUAAAUGGAAAAAAAAUAUUUUUGUUGCUAUAUGAACCUAACAGUAAUUAAAACAGUGUUUUCAUUAUAAGUAUGUAUAUCUAUUGUUUAUUGAUAUCAAAAGGUUAAAUAUGACAAGAGGCCUAAUUUAUCUUGCUGUGUCUUCCAUUGUAUAUACUUCAUAUAUUGUUAAUUGUGAUGCUACCAGAAAAUAUGAUCAAUUAAACUGGUGUAGUAAAGUAUUGCUUUAGUCUGUAUUGAUUAUUGAUAGCCUUAUGCAAUAAAAUACAUUAUUUAAAACA